UCUGCUCCAACAGGCCGCGCAGGCGCACUGGCUCCUCUGUGCGCUCUACUGUUUGCAUUGUGUCUGAACUGCCGGCGAGCUUUAAAAAUAUUAUACCCACCGCGGCAAUGUCGGGCAGGUCGGUCCGAGCUGAGACCCGGAGCAGGGCGAAAGAUGACAUCAAGAGGGUUAUGGCCGCUAUUGAGAAAGUACGAAAAUGGGAGAAGAAAUGGGUGACGGUUGGAGACACGUCCCUUCGUAUCUACAAGUGGGUGCCGGUGACGGAGCCAAAAUCAGACGACAAGAACAAAAACAAGAAGAAGGGCAAGGAUGAUAAAUACGGGUCAGAGGUGACGACUCCAGAGAACAGCUCCUCUCCAGGGAUGAUGGACAUGCACGAUGACAACAGCAACCAGAGCUCCAUCGCCGACUCGUCCCCAGUGAAGCAGGAAAACAGCUGUAGCACCAGCCCCGCCCCAGAGACCAACGCUGCAUCUCACCGCGACAACAGCGAGGUCAAGACUGACCAGAGCCCAGACAGCAAGAGAGGGAAGGGCAUCCCUUCAUCAGAGACCUCAGAGAGAGCACAAAGUGCCAAGAGAGAUAGUCUGUCCUCAGGGGAGAAGGAUUCCUCAGACAGCAAAGCCACUCAGGAUCUACAGGAGGAAGCCCCGCCCAGCAAGAAGAGCAAACUGGAGUCCUCAUCUCAAGACUUUGAGGAGAGUUAAAUGUUCUGGGCUGAGUCAUUCUCUCCUUCACCUUCCUGUCUCUAUCCCUCUGUUCCUCCUCCCAUUAACUCUAGAUGAUUUAGGGCUAAUGGACACACUGACUCUCCGCUCUAGUUUUUUUUUCCCUGCUCUCAAAACCAAAGGGGGAAUGGACGUCUCCCUCUCUGAUUGCUGUUUCCCAUCCCGGUUCGCCACCUUUCCCAGAACACUCCUCCUACCACUGAGAGAGAAUGGAUAUUACCUCUGUUCACUGGUCCCCUCCGUGCUUCCUUCCAGUCCUCCACAUUUUUGCCAAGAGAAGCGCCAAACCCAAGCUUUGGUCUUGUUUGGGCCCUGGGGGGCGGCGCCGGCAGCUCAGCCCGGCCACCGCCAGGCCAGAAUCCAAACCCCGACCUGCUUCUGUGACUAAAAGAGUUCUGAGAUUAGGACCAGGCUGGUCCCAGACGCUGCUUUGAGAUCGCUCUUUGUUUCAUUGCUAACAGUUUAGCUCAGGAUAAGUCAAGGAGCUAACCUGGUCUCAGAUCGGUGGCUGUGGCGGCGGUGGGGGGCACCUCCACCCCAACGCCACGUCUCAUUCAUCCUCCCGCUAGACUAUUGUUUUGUUUAGGAAAUGUUUAGUUCUCUUAUUUCUUCUCCCUCAGGAGGGUCAAUGCACUGUUAUGGUAUGUCACAAUCGAUCACAGAUAGAUUUGCUGCUGUAGUGGAUGUCUUUUAUCUCUAUCCAUGAAAAGUUCUCCAUGUAUGUGUUUCCUAAAGUGAAUUAGCUCGUGGUUUGUAGAGGAAGAGGGUGGACGGUACACGCUGAGGUAAAAUCUUGGAUACGUAGUGAGGACAGGCAUGGUUAGUGUGUCCUGGAAGUGUGUGCCUUGAGUUGUUACGACUAAUUUUUAGUUCAAGCAGGUUUGGACUUAAGUUUUGGUGCCAUGUUUUUGUUUCGGUUUGUUUUUUGCCUUAUAACUGUCACUAAGUCGUUUUUCCAUUUAUUUAUAUUUAACUCCACCUGCUAGGACGUUUUUCUUUAAAGGAAAUGUUUUGGAGAUAUUUGGUUCCUUGUUGCAAGUUUAAAAAUAUAAUGUGAUUUAGAGCGACAAUGAGGUGGAAACCAUGACAGACUACAGACAUAAAUACAGUUAUUUUAACAGCUAGAUUAUAGUUUGGGGAUGCAGGAUUGGAUUUCCACAAAAGUGCACAGUAGCAUCACAUGCUGGUAUCAGCCCUCUCACUUUCCUUCCAGCUAGGAAGUAAAUGUGUACUACUCCUACGAAACACAUUAAGAUUAGAUUUUAACACUACCCAGAAGUUGAUCAUGUUCAUUCUUUUAAGCACCUGCAAAUGUCAUCCAUCAGAACUUCUAGUUAUUGGUCUUUUUUCGCUUCUGAGGGUCCGCGAUGAAAACUCUCCUCUUUCUAGGAUUUUCCCUUUUUCUUACCACGUCAGGGUCACUCACAUGUAACCAUCUUCUUUCUCUGCACUCGUUCUGUGUCACUACCUGUCUACGAUCUGCAGAUGCUGGUGUUGCUCGCCACUAAAGGGUCCAGUUUCUUUUCGCUCAAACAUUUGGUUCUAAUCCUCCUUCAAGGUGCUGUCUGUCGGCUGAAUCCAUUCACACACGGCAUCCGGCUCGCGACUGUGUGCUGAUUAGUGCAAUUUACUUGAACUUUAAAGUACGGAUUCAGACCUACGACCUAUAAUGUAAAACCUCACUCAUGUAAGAUUUACUUUUAUUAAUCAAUCUUGAAUGAAUUGAGAUCAACUGAAUCACUGCGAACCAUGACAGGACGGGACUACGCAUUACAAGCCAGGAUCAGAUUUCAGUAAAUCGGCAUUCACACGGAUGGAGAGAAGAAUUCUAACAUCGUCUCGGUUCAGAGGGUGGAUUAGCAUAUACCUCAUUCCCAGUCCAGCAGAGCUGGAACUUAAAAUGCUAUUGUAUUGACAUUAACAGUUAUAAACAGCAUUACGUACAUUCAGUUUAAGACAAAUUCUCACUUAUGUUGUAGCGUUCACCUGAUUGAGCCGAUUGAUUAUAGUUUGCUCAUAACUAGUGUGUAAAAAGAAAAAUGAGAAAAAAAAGAGCUGUGAGAUAAAAAUUUAUUCCCCCCUUGGGACCAUUUUUUGUUUUGUUUAGAUCGUGUACAGAUUUAUGGUUUGGUUUGACUUAUUUAUUCCAUCAGUAGUGCUUGGUUUUGUUUUUAUCAUGUCCAAUGGUUUUGUUUUCUUAAUAAAAGUCAUAAAAAUGUC